AUGACUACAAACGGUAAAGGAUCUGAACGCACUUCAGUACAAGUUGCCUUACGAAUAAAGCCGCUCACGAAUGAUGAUGUAAAUUUUUUAUCAUCACGAUCUCAACGCCAAGUUAUUACAACAAAUUCAGCUUCUCCGAAUUCGAUAAUCGUUCAAGGUGAAAAGAAACAACAAUUUAGUUAUGAUUAUGUAUUUGGUCCAGAAUCAACACAAGAAGAAGUUUAUACGAAUGCCAUUGUAAAAUUAGUUGAAAAUUUUUUAGAUGGAUAUAAUGUAACAAUCUUGGCGUAUGGUCAAACUUCAUCGGGUAAAACACAUACGAUGGGCACUGCUGAUAAUUCUUCGAUAUCUUCAGAUUCAAAAGGAAUAAUCCCUCGCGCUAUGGAAACUUUAUUUACAACUUUAAAUUCUAUGCAAUGCAAAAAUCAAAAAUUUUGUAUAAAAGUUUCUUUCAUAGAAAUAUAUAAUGAAGAUUUAAUAGAUCUUCUUGGUGAAGGUGAUAUGGAAAGUCGAUCACAAGUCACAAUAAGAGAAGAUUCAAAAGGAACUAUUUUAUGGAACGGUUUACAAGAAAUAAAAGUAAACAGUGUCGAUGAUGUUAUUAGCCAUUUAGCUCGUGGUUCUCUGAAUCGACAAGUCGGUGCGACUGAAAUGAAUUCUAAAUCUUCUCGAUCACAUGCAAUAUUUUCUGUCAUAAUGUCACAACAAAAAUUCGUAGGUUCUUCGACACCAACUCCUACUGCUAUUCGACCUGCUACUCCUUCAAGAUUAGCUGAUUCCAAAAGAAUUGCUCGAUCAUCUUCAAAUUUAAAUUUAAGAAUGAGUCGAAGAUUUGAUGAAGGUGAUUGGGUUACUGUAACGAGUAAAUUUCAUUUUGUUGAUUUGGCUGGUAGUGAGAGACUAAAAAGGACUUCUGCUGUCGGAGAACGUGCAAAAGAAGGUAUAUCCAUUAAUGGUGGUUUAUUAGCUUUAGGGAACGUGAUAUCAGCACUUGGUGAUCCAAACAAAGCAAAGCACGUGACUCAUGUUCCAUAUAGAGAUUCUAAACUUACGAGAUUAUUACAAGAUUCACUUGGUGGUAACGCAAAAACAUUAAUGAUAGCAUGCAUAUCUUCAUCAGAAUCAAAUUUAAAUGAGACGAUAAAUACUUUAAAAUAUGCUAAUAGAGCUCGUAAUAUUAAAAAUUCUAUAUCAAUAAAUCAAGAAGAAAAUGGUUGGAAUGAUUUAGAACAUUUACAAUCUUUAGUUUUAAAAUUAAGGAAUGAGAUAAAAACUUUAAAGGCAUCAUUAAAUUCUUCUUCAACUAAUGGUUCAUCUACUGGUUCAUCUACGAAUGGUACUAAUAGUUGUAGAAAUAGUUGUUAUAAUAGUUCAAAUAUUACUACUGAUGUUAAUGGUAAAAGUAAUACAGAAAUUGAAAUGCUUGAAGAACAACUUAUAUAUUUACAACGUUCAUAUUCAGAAUUAUCACAAAAAGCAUCAGAUAGUUUUCAAGUAGCUGUUGAACCUGUUAUAGAAGAAUAUGAAAAAUUAAUUUCAUCAUUAGAAAGUCAAUUAGCUUUAACAAGAGCUGCUUUAAUUCAUACAGAAAAUUUGAUAAAAGAUCAAGAUUUAAAAUUAGAUUAUAUUGAAGAAAUUAAUUUACAAUAUAAAAAUUUAAUUAAUGAUUUAAGAAAUAAUAUUUCACAACUUAUUGAACGUGAAUCAACAAAUGAACAUUAUAUAAAAGAUUUAGAAUUAAAACUUGAUAAUAAUUUUAAAGAACAUAAUUUAGAUAAAAAUUUAAUAAAUGAUUUAAAAUUAAAAUUAUCACAAUUAAAAAUUAAUAAUUUAAAUAGUGAAAGUUAUAUAAAAGAUCUUGAAUCACGAUUAGAAUUAAGUGAAAAACAACUUAUUGAAAUUAAUAAAACUGUUGAAAGAUUAGAAAUUAAAUUAAGAAAUAAAGAAGAUAAUUAUAAUGAACUUAAAGAAAAAUUUGAUUUAGCUGAAAAUGAUCAAGAAAAAAAUUUAUUAUUAAAUGAAUUAAAUAAUCAUGAAGAAAAAUUAAUUUUAUCAUCUAUUGCUCCUGGUACUUUAUCAUUAAAAGAUGAACAAGAUCGUUUAAUAAUUUCAAGUCUUGAAAUUAAAUUAUUCGAAUUACAAAAAACUCAUGAAAAAACUAUUUUUUAUCAAUUAAAUUAA